AUGUCGACUACCGUUGGCGCCUUCAUUGCUGGCGGCAUCGCCGCCUGCGGCGCUGUUACUGCGACACAUCCGUUUGAGACGGUCAAGAUUCGUAUGCAGUUGCAAGGCGAGCUUCAAAAUAAGGGCCACCAACCUCACCAUUACAGAGGACCGAUCCACGGCGUGAGCGUCAUCGUACGCAAUGAAGGCUUCCGCAAUAUCUACCGCGGUAUCGGCGCCGCCUACAUCUACCAGGUUCUCCUCAAUGGCUGCCGUCUCGGCUUCUACGACCCCAUGCGCAAUGCGCUCGCAAGCUUCUUCCUCAAGGACGGACAGGCCCAAAAUCUGGGAAUUAACAUGUUCUGCGGUGCUGCUUCGGGCGUAAUCGGCGCCGCGGCUGGCAGCCCAUUUUUCCUGGUCAAGACCCGUCUGCAGAGCUUCUCGGCCUUCAGGCCGGUUGGUACCCAACACCACUACCGAGGCGCAUGGCACGGCUUCAAAUCUAUUUACGGAGCCGAGGGAGUCGGUGGUCUGUACCGUGGCGUGCAAGCUGCUAUGAUCCGAACUGCAUUUGGCAGCUCGGUUCAGCUUCCCACUUACUUCUUUGCGAAACGUCGUCUGGUUCGCCAUCUCGAUAUGGAGGAGGGUCCCGGUCUGCAUCUAGCUUCCAGCGCUAUAAGUGGCUUCGUUGUCUGUUGCGUGAUGCAUCCUCCUGACACGAUCAUGUCCCGUAUGUACAACCAGAACGGUAAUCUUUACAGCAGUGUCAGCGAUUGUCUCGCCAAAACCAUCCGUUCUGAGGGUCUCUUUGCUCUAUACAAGGGAUUCUUCCCUCACCUUGCGCGAAUCCUACCCCACACCAUCCUCACUCUGAGCUUAGCCGAGCAGACCAAUAAGCUGGUGCGCAAGAUCGAAGAUCGCGUUCUGCCUGGCAGACUGGAGAUGGCGGCUUAA